AUGGCUCUUGUAACGCUACCGCCAGAGCUUCGAAGCAUCUGUCGAAGAUUGACGUCGACAAAGGUAGAGCAACUACCAUCCCUAUUGCCAAGACUACUCAAAGAUGUAUUUCGCUGCCAGGAGCCCUUGUCAAGGCCACAGGAGUCCAAGGCCGCAGAAGGUGCUUCGGAAGCAGCUCAACUGGUGAACAAGCUGAAAACCCAGAUAACCACACUCCUCGAAGGUAGAACUGUACAAGGUCACUUUGUCGGUGUCGUGUUAGUCAAAGCCGUCAUUGAAAGUGGUGGCUGGGAGUGUCUCCGGGCAUCUGAGAGGUGGGUGCGCGGAAUACUCUCUAUUCUCCAGAGAAAGGAUCCGGCGCCCACGAAGGACUUGUGCCUUAUGACUUUGACCAAGAUCUACGUCUUGAUGCAUGGGUUCCCGACAUUAGUACGAGAGAUCGCGAGUGAUACUUUGCCUACAUUCGCAAAGGCUUGCCUGCAGAUUUUGACGCCGCCGGCCUCCAGCAAAGCUCCCAAACCCCCCUACAGCCUCAUUGAAACUAUCUUCGAGGCAGUGUCGACUCUGGUCCCACUCUAUCCUACGACCUUUCGUCCCUUCGCUGGAAAGUUCAGAGCCGAUGCUCGACCAUUUUCAGCGCCAACCAUCUCGGACAGCGUGUUGGUUCCCUCUACCUUGCGGGAGAGCAGUCGGCGGCUGACAAUACGACUGCACAUGACAGCUCCGAAGGGCGGAGAUUCUACGGAAUGGAUCAAGAGCAUCGAGGCGUCUGUUCGAACGGUCCACUCGACAGCGGAUCAAGUUUUUCGGGCCAUCAAUGAGAGCUGGGAAUCAACAUCGGGCUACACUCAUCAGUCGGUAAAUUUCGACCUCGAACCUCAUGGGGGCGGUGGAAACGCAGAGCACUUGCCACCUUGGGUUGGUGUACAAGCUGGCAGUGAGAGAAUGAUUGGGCUGCUCGAUCUCGUUGCUGAUUAUCUACGUUGCCGCACCAAAACCUCUGUGAGCAUCCCCGUCAGCGCCAUUGUCGAUCUCACGGCCCGGGUAUCCUCAAUCAUGCCGCCUUCGCUUAGAAAGGAGAAGUUCGAAUCCGUCCAAAUGAAUGCGGCCGUCGGCAGGGAAGAGAGAGACGAACUGUGGUCGGUAUUCCCUGACAUUCAGAUUGCUAUAAUGCGACUUUUACACGUCAUGGUCCAGCGGUUAGGGAGGAACUUCGUUCCCAUGGCCCAGGAGUCACUUGAACAGGUACUGAGGAUGUUCGGGUCGAGCUACCGUUUACCUCAAGUUCGGUCGGUAGCAUUUUUGUUGGUUAAGGAGUUACUGUGCCUUUGCGGGCCAACAAUGGGCAAGAUCACUGUUGAGGGUCUGAGCCUCAUGGUCAAGUCUUGCUGUCGCGACCUCCUGGGCGCUGCAGGUCACCUCAAGCGUCCCAAACCACCAGCUGCUACACAGAACGGGUCAAACCCGAAGACACUCACUCAGAAUGCCGAUGCGUUCCUCCCCAACAAAGCAGAAGAUGAGCACGUCUCUGUCACGCUAGAUGCAGAGCAUCUUCUGGCAGCUGAGGAGCUAUUGACCGCUCUCUUCAGCCACGUCCCGCGGCAGUAUCUCCCCUCUUCACUCCGAUCGCAGAUGUUGAAGACUGCCAUACUGUCACGAAACAAGGACGCACAAGUAGCCAGUGUCCUGCAACCCGCAAGAGAUCGAAGUGGGCGCACGCUGCAGGUCAUCCUGCCUUACUUGACUCGCCAGUUCCCCCAGGACCAAAGCGUUGAAAUAUUGCGCUUCAACUUCAGACCGCUAGCAACCGGAAAGACCGGAGACUUCAUGGACGUCGAGGACGACGACAUGAUCAUGGAAGAUGACGACGAGCCCGAGGUGAAGCCAAUGACGAACGGUUUCUCGUUCGGCCAGCCACUCGAGGACUCGGUUCUGAGCUCAGGCUUCAAUGCUCCGGAGGCAGUCGAACGACCCAAAGCACCAAGCCCCGCCCCAAUGCGGACCGCAGGUCCCAUCCCAUCGCCCUUCUUCACACAGCCAUCAGAGAUGGUGGUUAGGACUGAGGCGGUUACCGUUGUGCAACCUGCACCCACACUCCCGCUCAAGCGGAAGAGCGAGGAUGCAGAGGCGGACAUCACUACAUCGAAGCGGGUCGAGAUCGACACUAUGAGCACGUCGACAUCGGACAAUGCGGCGGCUAGUCUGCAUACAGCCAGCCAAGCUGGCAUGGUCGUUGCCGGUCUGGGGGAGGAUGACGAAAGUGAUGACGAGAGUGUGCAUCUGAAUAUGGAACUCGACUCAGAUUCGGAUGAUGAUGACGACGACGACGACGGCGACGGCGACGCGGAAGAGUGA